AUGGAGAAGGAACUUGAGGUGGAGGAGAAGGAUCUUGAGGGGGAGAAGUAUCUUGAGGUGGAGAAGGAGCUUGAGGUGGAGAAGGAGCUUGAGUUGGUUCUCCCUGGCCUCCACCACCAGCCUGGCCUCCCUCAUCCUAACCACCCUGGCCUCCCUCACCACCCUCAUCCUGACCAGCAUGGCCUCCCUCGUCCUGACCACCCUGGCCUCCCUCGUCCUGACCACCCUGGCCUCCCUCAUCCUGACCACCCUCAUCCUUACCACCCUCAUCCUAACCACCCUCAUCUUGACCAGCCUGGCCUCCCUCGUCCUAACCACCCUGGCCUCCCUCGUCCUGACCACCCUGGCCUCCCUCGUCCUGACCACCCUGGCCUCCCUCAUCCUGACCACCCUGGCCUCCCUCAUCCUGACCACUAG